AUGGCGAAUCGCAAUUCCAGGCAAGAGGGCGGAUGGGAUUUCCGUUGGGGAUCUGGCUCGAAUCCAGACGCAAGUUGGUCCUACCGCUGGGGUGUUGGUACAGGUCCUGGCGGUGGUAGCGGUUUCGGUUUCGGUUCAGCUGCAUCCGUCGGGCCCGGUGACGGUGCUGGUUUCGGGUUUGGAUGGAGCAGUAACUCUCCCGAUAGUGGCGGUGGGGGUUUUGGUUUCGGAUUCGGCUUCGGGGGCGGGGAUUUUAACGGGAGGUUCGGGUUCGGGGGUUCUGUUGGUGGUGGAGGAUCUGCUGGGCCGAGUCCAAGGACGGAUGGUGGUGAUGAUCGGCAGGGUCGGCGUGGCCCACCUGCGCGUAGUUGA